CAAUCCAAUUCGUUCAAACCUCGCCGCCGACGUGGCGGUCCUCCAUCGCGAGCAACCUCAUCAUCUUCACCAUUGGCUCUCCCCUUCUGGUUUCCGGCCUGUCGCUUUCCGGCGCGGCCUCCGCUUUCUUGCUCGGUAUUCUCUCUUGGCGCGCAUUUGGCGCCUUCGGAUUUCUCCUCGUCGCUGCCUACUUCAUACUUGGAACUGCUGCAACUAAGGUGAAAAUGGCCCAGAAAGAGGCUCAAGGUAUUGCAGAGAAGAGGAGUGGAAGGAGAGGAUUAGGAAGUGUGAUUGGUUCCAGUGCUGCUGCUUGCGCUUGUGCAUUACUGUCAAUUAAAGGGAUAGGGGGAACGGCUUUCUCUUGGCUUUGGGAACUUGGAUUUGUAGCAUGUUUCUGCACUAAGUUGAGUGACACUGUCUCCAGUGAGAUUGGUAAGGCGUACGGUAAAACAACAUACCUUGUUACAACACUCAAGGUAGUUCCAAGAGGAACGGAAGGAGCAGUUAGUGUCGAGGGAACUUUUGCUGGACUUUUUGCUUCCAUUCUCCUGGCUUCCGUUGCUUGCAUAACUGGUCAGAUAAACAGACAUGAAGUGGCUAUAUGUGUUUUGGCUUCCCAAAUAGCUAACUUUGGCGAAAGUCUGAUAGGAGCUACGUUUCAGGGGAAGGAAGGAUUUGGAUGGCUGAGCAAUGAUGCAGUGAAUGUGAUCAACAUAUCAAUGGGCAGCAUUCUCGCAAUCCUACUGCAGCUUAUUGUACUCCACACUGGGCACACUUAGUUCACUAGUGCAGUUUAUUAGAAAAUGAAGAAUGAAAGUAGGAGAAAUUCUAAAACUCCAUUGAAAUUGCUCAAAGGCUGAGAAGAUUGUUGUGUGUUGUCAAUGUUCUGACUGGCUUAUAUUUAUAGCCUCAAUUCUACUGUUAGGGUUGGAAACUAAAAAAAAACUUUACGGAGGGGAAAUACACACAAUGACGCAGUAAGAUGUUUCUUGAAUGGCAGUAGAUGACGAAUCCUUAUUUAAUGUUUCUUGGACUGAAGUAGGGCUGCAGUCUAGUUCUCUACAAUGGUUCAUGUGCACCAUUGAUUUGGUCUGUUGAUUAAUCCUUCUUGAUCUGCUAUCCUGAUAAGUUUGUGUCCCACACUCUGCAUUUCAACUCUUUUAUUUUGCUUCAUGAAUAGGCUAGACUUUAAUUCUCCUGAAGCUUUCUUUUUCUCUUA